AUGGAAUACAUUGAGGAUUGGUUCGAUCGAGUCAUGGGCUGCUUCUACAGAGAUCGGUUAGUUCUUGAAUUCCGUUAGGUCACUAAAUUCAAGACAUUUCAGAGACAAAGAUGAUCCUGGAAAGAGUCACGUGCACGAGGACGUAAUCUUGCCUCCGCCGCCGUUGGACCCCGUACAAGUUGAUAAGCAAUUUGAAGUUCUUGUGGUCAGAAUAAGUAGGCGUUCGCAUUGAAACCAUUCGUUUUCAUUGCAGAAAGAGCUGGGGCUGAGUGAGGAGAAGCAGCAGGAGAUGCACGAUUAUUCGAUGGAGAAGAAGAUGUCUCUUUUGGUGUCGCAGCAUGUGAGUUCGUGUUGUUCGCAAUGGGAAUUGGGUCAAUUUAACACUGGGACUGGUGGCGUGUGACGAGUGUGCCAAUUUCUGAAGGGUUAUGAACCGACGUCGUCGUCGUCUUCCUCUUCACCCAUUUUUGUGUGAUGAUGGUGGAAUGUUGUUCUCGUUUCCGCUUUUUUACAGCAUACCGUACAUAUACUGUCAAAAAAAGUUACGAUAGAGCGCAUUCGCCUUCAUGUUUUACUAGCAUAGUUACUUCUGGGUACCUUUUAGAAAUUUUAUACUUUCAUAUUUGGCUAAAUGUCUCUGGAAACUUCUAGAAAGUUUGUAGUUUUUUUUCCAAAAGUCCCAUUUUUGUAAACGCUGUAAUUUCGUAAAAUUAUUGGGCAAACGUUUUAGAAGUAUUCAGACACAUUUAGUCAAAUGUUAAGGUCGCAAGAUGUUCUCUAUAUUCUACGAACUACCCUAAUGAGCCACUGGGUUCUGUAUUCUGGAAAGUCAUAGAAGAACCCCUUCUUUUGUUUCAAAAUCACCCGCCGAGAGGUGUGCUCUUUAUAAAUGAAUCCAAAUCGAAUUAUAAUAUCAUCAUCAUCAUCAUCAUCAUCUGUUUAUUUACCGUCGGCAUAUUCAAUUGCUUCUGCCCUCCGCACCUCAACCGCCGAAACAGCGGGCGAUUCGGAGAGGCGCGGACGGAUCGAGUGGCGGAAUGAACUCUCAAUUCUCGCCGUUCAUCGCGCCACUUUUUGUUCAUCGAGUGCGGGUCUUUGUUUCCAAAGGCACAGGCUUUUCGCACCGCGGAGGUCUAGGCAUAGGUUCAGCACGCACUGUCUGAGCGUGAUUCUCUUUAGCUCCACUAUAGAAUCUACCUAUUUCAGUGUCUUCAAACGGAAGACGCGUCCGACUUCAUUGGGUUCCUUCAAAACCUGAAACAGUCGUUCGUGAUCGACUCGAACACCAUCCGACAGCUUCAAGGCCUCGUCACUUCGCUUCGAACACAAAACUUCAGGUACCAAAACCAUGUCUUUCUCGUCCAGUUCAAGGCGUUCCUCGUUAGUUGUGAAUGAAUGAAUGAAUGAAAUGCAAAUGAAGGGGAGGAACGGCCAGAUGACGGCCCGAAAGAGGUUCCUCAUCAAAUUUAUCACCCUUUGCGUGUUCCCGCAUCAUGUUGCAUUGCCGAGAAUGCAUUCAUCAAAUUGACGCGGAGAUGCAUUUCAUUAGGAUUGAUUAGGAUCCAAGCUCCAACACUCUCCCACUUUCAGCUAUCUCGAAGACUUUCUCUCGGCCUCUGGACUCGCUCUGCUCACAGAUCUGCUCAAUCAGUGCCAUCAGCAGUACGCCCUCGAGCAGCCGGCUCUCUUCUUCCUCUGCUCACUUCGUGCUCUUCUGAACUCUCCGGUCAGUUUUUGGCGGCGGCGGGGGACAAUGGAAACGGUUUUUGUGCUGAUGAUGCAGAUUAGGCGCGUGCGCGACGGUUUAGCCUUAGGUUUAGGUUUACGAUUCGAUGAUGAUAAGCUUGUUUUCUUGAUUUCAAUAGAGAAAGAAAUUGGCAAUAGAGCGCACUUGAAAAGGCAAGUAAGUGAAGGAGUAGGUGUAUCAAAUUACUUAUACCUACCUAGUACUACUUACUCCCAGACUCUUUCUGUCUUAAAUGCUCAUUUCUUUUCUCCGACUGCGACUAGACUCUUCCUAAUUGUUCCCAAAAGAUGUCUGGCCGGGGGGAGCGCCGCGCCCGCCAGAAUCCUCGAAUGACGUACACCGCUCUCGCCCAACCUAAUCCUUCCAUCUCGGGAGCGUCCGGAACGCCGCUUGCCCACCUUCCGCGCGGAAAAGAAACCUAAUACCUGCCGUCCAGAUUUCCGUCGUCUGUCCCCUUCUCGCUUCAAGACAAGGCACUUGUAUGAGUACUAGAGAAGAGAACAUUUGUAUGUACAUUUACAUCCCCCCCCCCAAAAAUGCCUUUAUCCGUUUUGAGUGGGCGUAUCGCAUCGGGAGCGAUGUCUGGCUCUCAAAACAGCUAUUUCUUCGAUCUCCUUUUGACUUCAUCUUCAACUUUCUAAUAUUUCAGAACGGACGAGCGGCGGUCCUUCACGAUGAACAGCACGUGCUGGUGAGCAUCGCGAGAGCAGUCGACUUUCGAGACUUCAAGUGCAAGGUGAGUCCCCAGACCAGUCCGUUUUUUGUGCGCAUUCAGCAGGGAACACUUGCUGACAGUUCAAGUGGCGACACGACUCCUCACGCGUAUUCUUCCUUCCAUUACGCUGAUCUUUCCUGUAUACGAGAAGUAGAACUGUUUUGGAAUGGGAGUGUGUCUGCCGGUGAUAAACUGAUAAGGAGGCUAAUAACCUCGUGCUGAAAGACUUGCACAAACACUUCUGCUUCUUCUAUAUAUAUUCUUGAUUGUCAUAACAAACCUGUGUUAUUUCAUGCGUUUAAGAAACUGUUUACUCUACUCGUGCACCUCGCUUCCGGGUCACCAUCAUCUGGGUCACAUUUUAUGAUGAUCCCCUCCUGCCUACAGUAAUCCGAUCGAAUUCUAUUAGAGUGAGAGGGAAGAAGACUAUUACCGAACGCAUCCAUCCUUUUCCAUUGUUUGCACUUUUUUCGCAUGUUCCUUCCUGUCCAGCCAUUCUGCUGCUGCCGUUAAUCGAAUUAGUUUGUUCGGCGGUUUGUUUGUGGGUUCGCGGCGCAAGGAAAACGAAAAGUUGCAGAAAAGCUGGCUCAUGGAGCACACGAACAGCCAGCCACCACUACACUUUUCAUGAAAUUUUAAUCAACGGCCACUUUCUCAAAUUGUCGCCCUCCCAAGAGAGUUUCGCAUGAGUUUUGGGUGUGACUUGGAAACGUCGUGGAAGGAGAGCUUUCAACGAUUAAUAUCUAUUUACUACUGUAGAAGUCUAAAACUUGGUUUCAGUAGAUGUGCUUCCGAACAUUACACCAGCAACUUACACCAAUACCGUUUAUUCAAAACGACGUAUCUCAGAUGUCUGUUUGGAUAUCGAAAAGCUGACAACUGAUAAAGUAUACACAAUAAGUUAACGAGCAAUUCAACAGUUGAAAACUUUUUGGUGUCUCCAUCGGCAGCUGAGAUAUGCCGUCUUGAAUGCACAAUACUUGGGUGCCAUCCGAUUACAGUUUCUAAGGAAUCCUUCUCAUUCUUAAAGUUUAGACUACUAAACUAUUCCAGACCGGAAAUGACAGAAAAUUGCUCACUUUUGUGCAAACCUGUAAUAACAACUUGCGAAAUAUUUCGAAGUACUAUCCUUAACCGUUGCUGAUAAGAGACCUACUAGAACCAAUGUUUUCUUUCCGACUUCUCGCUUCCUCCGUGCGCUUCUCUAGAUGCCACGUCAUACAUAAUCAUUUAAUUGACCCCCCCCCCCUCUCCUCAGUUGCAAGGGGUAGGAGCUUGAAAAACCGGAACAAAAAAGCGAACACAAGUAGGGCAAUUUAUGGCGAUGUUUGCAAGUAUAGACAAACUUGCCGGGGGGUGAAUUACGCAAUUUCACCUGCAACCUCGCCAUUUCGAAACAGAAAAGAGGCAAAACUUUUCGAUUUCAUAAUAACAGGAAGGUGUCCCCCGACAAAUCGGAGUGUUCAUUCCCGAAAUCUCUUGUCCUUGAUGAUACUGGCCUCUCUCGCCGAUAUCCGAUUACUUCUGAACUGAUCCGUUUUCCGAAAUUCUUCCAAAUCGUAAAAACGGUUCGUUCCCUUUUCCUUCUCCACUUUCUCUAUCAUCACACCUAUCGACAGGCUUAUGCAAAUCAUCAGUUCGUCAUACUUUUUUCCUUUCCCUCCAAAAAAGUUGGUUUCUGUUCCCGUUUCCGUUCGCCAUCAUAUCGUUAUCAUCCGCAAUCAAUCACGACGUUACAUAACGAUUCCUCCGCGCUCCAGUGGCUCUCGCAUCUGCGCACCCUCCCUUCUCUGCUCGUCUCUCCAAUUAGUGCACUCUUCCGUCGGACCGAGACAGACUGUGUACUCCCUAUUUGUACUAGAUACACUCGGCCGGUGCCCCCAAACAAAGCUUCUUUCCUCCAAAAUGCUCUCUAGAAACCAGCGGCUUAGUUUCGUACUGUUAUUCCUUGUCACUGCCACCACAUGCCUCCACGUUCUAGUCUUUCAAUUGCAGCACACGGGGUUUCUGAUUACGGUAGUUGUGAAUUGCGGAAAGCGUGUUGGAUUUGUCUUCAAUAAAAGAGCUGAUUUUCAGAUAGUGGCGAUCGAAAUCCUGUCCGGAUUGUGUUUUAUUCCGGACGAAGGACACGUGCAAGUGCUGAAAGCGAUCACCGAGGUGAGUCAGGGCUCAUAACAUUACUUUUAACUGGGCUCUUCUGUAUAUAAAGUGUACACACUUCUGUAUGAGGCUCUAUGAAUCAUAAUCAAACUAUUCUUGCUUCAAAUCAUGGGAUCAAAGGUCAGAUCAGUGAGGCUUUUCGGUCCUGUUAGAUACUGGAUUUAAGAACCUCUGGCAUUCAUAGCCACAAAAUGAUUCCCUAUCAGUUCCGACUGGUUUUCCUCUAGUCUUAACACCCCCGCCCCUAACAUCUCCUCCAUUUCUCACCGCCGUAUUCAUAUCCAUUUCAGGUCAGCACGUUGCUCGGCGAACGAACACGAUUCCAGACGUUGGUGGCCGAUCUGCACCGUCAGUACGCGACGGACAGAGACACGGACCGCGUGCGAACCGCCAUUUUUGGACUCAUCAAUGCAUUGCUAAAGACUGGCGCGGCUGAGGUGAGCGCAUUUCACGGAUAACUGAGCUUCACUUUCCUUUUCCGCGUACUUCGUACUAUUCUAGUAGUUUUCGCAAAACGCAACGCAAGCAUUGUUUUCGAAUCUCUGCCUGAAUCUUUGCAGCUACUUUCUGCAUUUAUUCCUUUUGAAUACUCAACUGAACAUUUUCAGACUUGUCCAGUGUACCGCCAGCAUUUGCGCAGCGAGCUGCUGCUGCUCGGCAUGUCGACGACGCUCGAGCAGUGCCGGGAUGGAGCUUCGCAGCGGCUCCACGACCACAUCGACCUGUUCGAAAUGAUGCGGAAGGAGGACGAAAUAUCUCUGGCUGGAAGCUGUACGAGCAGCGACAUGUCCUCUUCCGGCGGCUCCACUCCAAUCGAUUUCGAGUCGGCCGUCGGCAUGGCAGAAGCACUUCAGAUGAAAUUGAAGCACAGUAACGCACUGCCUCACUUCAUCUCUCUCCUCCAACAUCUGUUCAUGGUGCCUUGUGACGAGCAACACGUGCCCCUCUGGCGUCUCUUCGACCUCAUUCUCCAGCAUCUCACUCUGCAAACAACUGUGAAUGGAAUGACAGACGUGCAGUCUCCCGUCCAGAGCAGCGUCGAUAUGAACGAGAUAUUGGCACGUCUUCAGAACCAUUGCGACUACGAACGAGUGGCCAAGGAAUUGGAGAAGGCGAGGGAGGAAAUGGAUCAUGAGCGGACGCGGAUUCUAGAGUUGGAAAACCGACUCGCUGACUUUAGUGACGGAAGAGCCAGCAGUGGAAGUAGGAUAUCUCUAGCGUCUACUUCCGCCUCCUCCAGUCCCUCCGAUCCUUGCCCCUCUCCGCCACUCCUUCCGCCCAUCUGCCCGCCUGCUCCACCUCCGCCACCGCCACCGAUCGGAAUGAUGACGAAUGGACCACCGAAGGACGCCCUGAAGAAUGUUCCCGAACCCCCGGGAAACAUGAAAACAUUGAAUUGGCAGAGAUUGACAAUGGAAAAGACGAAAGGAACCGUUUGGGAGGGAGUGGAAGAUGAGAAGAUGUACAAGCAAAUGGAUCUGACGGAGCUUUCCGGAUGCUUCGCUUCAGGUUCUUCUCACAAAGACGAUGACACGGACACCUUGUACGGAACAAUCAACAGACGACCGCAGGCAAAUGUGAGUACGAUCAUGCUUGAGUUUACCUAAUUCCCCUGUUUCAGGUGACCGUCCUAGAUCCCAGAAGGUAUCAGAACUGCACGAUUAUGCUGUCGAAGUUGAAGCUGAGCCACAAAGAGAUCAAACAGGCGAUGAUGUCGAUGGAUGAAAAGAGCAAACUGCCAAAAGACAUGAUCGAACAGAUGCUCAAGUUUGUGCCGACAAAAGAAGAACUUGCUCAGAUCAACGAGUCGGUCAUGAACACGGAACUCCGACAGUGCUGGCCUUGGCCGAUCGGUACAUGUACGAGAUCUCGACGAUUCCGCGGUUCGAGCAGAGACUCCGAUGUCUGCACAUCAUUCGGACGUUCCACGAUCGAGUCGAAGCCCUCCUGCCGCACAUUCAGGUUGUAUCGAAGGCCUCCUCUUCGAUGCAGGGAAACAAGCGAUUCCGGCAGGUGCUCACUCUUGUGCUCGCAAUCGGAAACUACUUAAACUGCGGUAAACGGAACGGGAACGCCUACGGAUUCGAGCUAGUGUCACUGAACAGAAUGACGGACGUGAAGAAUGUGAUGCGGAACGACCGGAAUCUUCUACACUGGCUCGUCCAGUUCAUCGAGAAGAAGUAUCCUGAUCUGACCAAAUUCAAGAAGGAACUUUCGCCGGUGACCGAAGCGGCAAGGUUCAGCCAAGCGGAGACAGCCGCGGAGAUCCGAGUGCUCGAGGAAUCGUUGCUCAUCGUGAGGAAAGAGCUCAAUUUCCUGGAGUCGGCGAGCAAGGAAGAGCUGCCGGAGAGUGUGCCCAGUGAGAAUGACCGCUUUGUUCAAGUGGCCAAGUCAUUUAUCACGAGUGCCACGUCAGAGUACCACAAUCUGGAUAAGAUGUUCCGAGAAAUGAAGAACAAGGUACCGACAACCACAUACUCAUUUAUAAAUUCCUCGAUAUUUUUCAGUUUUCCGAAUGUGCAAAGUACUUCUGCUACUCGCCAGCUGGCGGAUCGCCGGUUCCCGAAGAAUUCUUCUCGAUCGUCAACAAGUUCCUCAUCACAUUCAGCGAGUACCACCAUCAGUUGUGGGUGGAAGUCGAGGAAGAGGAGAAAAUCAAACGGCAAACUAUUGCCAGAUCGUUUUUAGCGAAGAAAUGUGAGUUGGAAAGUUGAGGAGAACCUGUUUUUUAUUUCAAAUUUUCAGCCACAACUCGUCGGAAAGAGAAUCACAAAGAACGCGACUUCGAGCAGUUGAUCAGUGCUCUGCAGUCGGGCGACAUCUUCAAGGAAGAGCUCUCCCGAUUGCGCACCUCGUUCCGUCCGAAGAAGACCGCCAAACCAUAG